AGCGAACGUGGCCGGGUGGGUGCGGGCAGAUCCGCUGAGCUCAUCGGUGCGUUCUGCGUGUGCCCGCGGCCCCGGCGUGUCCGGCUGACAACGCGGUGCCGGUUUUCUAGGUCCUCGAUACUGAGUGAAGUUUCUACCCGGUCAAGAUCUAAGCUGCCAUCGGGCAAGAAUAUUCUUGUUUUUGGUGAUGACGGUUCAGGUAAAACCACACUUAUGGCUAAAAUACAGGGAGCAGAGCAUGGCAAGAAAGGAAGAGGGCUGGAAUACCUGUAUCUAAAUAUUCACGAUGAAGACAGAGAUGAUCAUACUCGCUGCAACGUUUGGAUUCUGGAUGGCGACUUAUACCAUAAAGGGCUAUUGAAGUUUGCAGUUUCUGCAGAAUCCCUGCAAGACACCAUUGUAGUCUUUGUUGCAGAUAUGUCUAGACCUUGGACUGUUAUGGAGUCUUUACAGAAAUGGGCCAGUGUCUUACAAGAACAUAUUGAUAAGAUGAAAAUCCCUCCAGAAGAGAUGAGAGACAUGGAACAGAAGUUUAUAAAGGAGUUUCAAGAGUAUGUAGAACCAGAAGAAGGCUAUCAAGGAUCACCACAGAGAAGAGGCCCUUCUUCUGGCCAAGAGGAUGAACAUGUUUCCUUGCCACUUGGAGAAAAUGUGCUGACUCACAACCUGGGUAUUCCUGUGCUGGUAGUUUGUACAAAAUGCGAUGCAGUGAGUGUACUAGAGAAGGAGCAUGAUUACAGAGAGGAGCACUUUGACUUCAUUCAGUCACACAUCCGUAGAUUCUGCUUACAGUAUGGGGCUGCCUUGAUUUAUACAUCAGUUAAGGAGGAAAAGAACCUUGAUCUGUUGUAUAAAUACAUUGUACAUAAAACAUACGGUUUUCAGUUUACCACACCUGCCUUAGUGGUAGAAAAGGAUGCAGUUUUUAUACCUGCCGGUUGGGACAAUGAAAAGAAAAUUGCCAUUUUACAUGAAAACUUCACAACAGUGAAACCUGAAGAUGCAUAUGAGGACUUCAUUGUAAAGCCUCCUGUAAGAAAGUUAGUCCAUGAUAAAGAGCUGGCAGCAGAAGAUGAACAAGUAUUUCUAAUGAAGCAACAGUCAUUCCUUGCCAAACAGCCAGCAACGCCUACAAGAGCAUCAGAAUCUCCUGCAAGAGGCCCUGCAGGAUCCCCAAGAACUCAAGGCAGAGCUGGUCCCACCAAUGUACCCAGUGCCUCACCAAUAACAUCGGUUAAGAAACCAGAUCCAAAUAUUAAAAAUAAUGCUGCAAGUGAAGGCGUCUUGGCUAGUUUCUUUAACAGCCUCUUGAGCAAAAAGACUGGCUCACCUGGGAGUCCUGGUGCCGGAGGAGUGCAAAGUACAGCCAAGAAAUCAGGACAAAAAACAGUUUUGACAAAUGUUCAGGAGGAACUGGAUAGGAUGACUCGCAAGCCAGACUCAAUGGUAACAACAAACUCUCCUCCAACAGAGAACGAAGCUUGAUAGCGCAUAAAAACUGCAUAUGUACAUGACCAAAUAACUAUGUAUAUUGAUCUGAUAAGACCAGGAAUUUUCUGCUAUGGCAGAUGCUACCAGAUUUCUUGGGGCAGGGGAAAUGAGCUUACUAUGUCAUUGCCUUGUCCCAGUAAAAGUGCACAUUCAGGAAGUUUGCAUACAAAAUCCCUCUGUAUAAGAUAACCAUUUAGAGUUUAUAUAGGGCAAUUCUUUUGGUUUUGGAGGUAAGCAGGUGCAGCUGCAUUUCCUGUUGUGAAGAACACAGAAGCAAAAUGGAGAAUUCAUAUUAAAAUACUACUACUGAUGCACACAAGGCAAGAAAGAGAAAAUCCUCUUUCAGAGUUACUGGAAUUGGCUAUUUGUACGUUUGCAAAUGCAUUCUAUUCUUGGAAAGGUGGUGGUGGUGAUGGUGUAACAGAGCAUUAAUUAGGUGAAAGAAGCCUAGGCAGGGAAUGGAGCCCUGAAAUGGGAAACGGGUUUGGGACAGUGAGAAACUAGAAUGUUGGAUUGACUGGAGAGGAGCAACGUUGUUAAAUCCUAUGUUUCACAUACGGUAAAUAAUCACUGUUUUAAAAAGACUACUUUACGUUGGAGAGUUCCAGGCCAAACACUAAACAUCAUGGGAAUUUAUCCUUGUUAUAAAUCUUGUUUUAGUUU